AUGUCUAGUAUGUCCACGCCCGCAACCGGAAAUGACCCGUUCACGUUAAUUGAGAAGAUUAAAAAAUAUAAUACGGACGAACUUGUCGGUUUUUUACAAGCGGAAAACUUGGGACUAGACGAGGAUGAUUUGAAAAUUAUUCGCAGUAAAAAAGUCACCGGUCGCGUUUUUUUUAAGUUGACCGAAAACAAGCUGGAAAAAUGGGGAAUGCCAAGUGGUUCAGCCUUAACAAUCGCGGACUUGAUCAAUGAACUCAAAGAUAAUGAGAAUGAGCCUCCGAGUAAACGGAUGAAAGUUGAGGAUGAGGAUGUGAAAGUUCAGUAUCAUCUUUUUUUGAUCACAUUUCUGGGCAUCACACAAUACCCUACGUCUGUAUGGACCUGUCCAUUUGUAUUGGACACUAUGGGAUUCCUACGUCUGUAUGGACCUGUCCAUUGUGGGACCCCUGCAGCCGAUGCUUGGAAAGAGGGCCUUGCACGCCGACUAGGACUUACGCUAACAAAUUUUGAUCAUUGGACUCACAUUAAUUGCUUAGAAUAUCUAGCGAAAGUGUGUGAACAUCUAACAUCAGAGGACCGUAAUGAGAUUAUUAGUCAAUAUAAGGCCCAGCUUCGUUCAAUAAGCUCAAGUCCAUGGACGCUCCGAAGAGUAAGGAACAAAGCUAUUAAGUUGGCUGAAUGUGCCGAUGAUUCAUUCAAGCGUAAAAACACUGUCUCGUUUUUCGAAAGACUAGAUAUACAG